AAAACCACAUUAUAUAAAUCCUUUAAAGAACCAAAAGAAUAAAGAUCACUCAACCCCCAACUUGAGCUGUCCCCCAAUUCAUUAAAAUCAGUAAUUACCCCAAAAUAAAGCAAACCCAUCAAACAUUUUCCCCUUUCCUCACUCAGACAAACACACACACACACACACACACACACACACACACACACAAUACACACACACUUUGUCAUGGAGAAUUUCAGAUCCAAGUCAUGCAGGGAAGAUAGGAUGCAGAUAGGGAGCUACUACGGAGGAGGUAGGUCAGCUCCACCCAACAUGCAUGAUCUCAGGAGUUACAGCACCAAUUCUUAUGUCUCAUCACCUCAUAUUAUGGGCAAGGAGGUGAAGAUGAAGAAAGUGAAGAGCAGUGUUGGAUCUUCAUCGUCUUCAAAGAGUUGGAGCUUCAAUGAUGCAGAGUUGCAGAGGAAGAAGAGGGUUGCAGGCUAUAAGGUGUAUGGAGUGGAGGGUAAGAUGAAGGGCUCACUCAGGAAGAGCUUCAGGUGGAUCAAGGACACCUACACCCAUGUGGUCUAUGGAUGGUGGGAUUAAUUAAUUAAUUAAUUACUUGGUAUUGCUAAUUUAUUUAUGUUGAUUUCAUGUGUUUGAUUCUGUUCCUGUGUUUAUGAAUCUUGAGCCUUACAUAAUCAGAAAUUCUGUAACUAUGAUCUUCUGUGAAUUGGAGUUGUGGAAUGAUAUGUUCUUCUCUUCAUGA